GUGUUUUUCGGACUUCAAGAUCAGAUACAUACCAUGAAUCCUUUGGAGAGGAUCUUCUUAAGAGUCUUGAGAAGGAACUUACAAGCGACUUCGAGAGAGCCAUCUUGCUCUGGACUCUUGAACCGGGUGAACAUGAUGCGUUAUUGGUUAAUGAAGCUACCAAAAGAUUGACUUCAAGCAACCAAGUGGUUAUGGAAGUAGCUUGCACUAGGACCUCUAUGCAGCUGCUUCACGCUAGGCAAGCUUACCACGCUCGCUUCAAGAAGUCUAUUGAAGAGGAUGUCGCUCACCACACCACCGGUGACUUCAAAAAGGUCAUAAUAAUCCCAUUGAAUGUUCAUGUUUCUUCUUAUGAGACAAUGCUACUACUUGAAACAGUUAUUUGAGCUGUAUGUUUCUUUUGCAGCUUUUGGUUUCUCUUGUUAGCUCAUACAGGUACGAAGAGGAAGAGGUAAACAUGACAUUGGCAAAGCAAGAGGCUAAGCUAAUUCAUGAGAAAAUCAAGGACAAGCAUUACAAUGAUGAAGAUAUCAUAAGGAUUUUGUCCACAAGGAGAAAAGCACAGAUCAAUGCUACUUUCAAUCGCUAUCAAGAUAAUCACGGCGAGGAAAUCCUCAAGAGAGCCUUGAGGAAGGAGAUGAUGACGACAAGUUCCUAGGGCUGUUGAGGUCAACCAUUCAAUGAUUGACAAGACCAGAGCUUUACUUUGUGGAUGUUCUUCGUUCAGAGAUCAACAAAACGGGAACAGACGAAGGAGCCCUCACUAGGAUUGUGACCACAAGAGCUGAGAUUGACUUGAAAGUCAUUGGACAAGAGUACCAAAGAAGGAACAGCAUUCCAUUGGAGAAAGCCAUUACCAAAGACACUCGUGGAGAUUACGAGAAGAUGCUCAUCGCACUUCUCGGUGAAGAUGAUGCUUAAUCAUACAAUCCUCCACAGAGAAACAAAAGCUUCUCUAGCUUCUGUUUUCUCUCAUCUUUCUCUACCUCUCUUUUCUUGAAACCGUUUCAUUCUGUUCUUUGAAAACUUGCUUGUUGUUUCUGUUGUGUUUUGAGUUUCCAAAUAAUGCAUAAGAGAGAGAGAGAGAAAACCAUUGUGGUCUCUUAAGUUUAUAUAAAAGAUACAUGACUUUAAAAGUUGUUUUCUACAUGGAAAAAGGACACAGGCAAGAGAAAAGAUCAGUGUCUGUUAAAAAAAGAAAAAAAAAAUCCUAUAAGAUCUUGAAACACAAACUCAACAACAUUUUUGUGUCACUUUGAGGCCACUGAGCGUUACGUGACGAGGAAGAAUAUAAAUGAGGAGAAGAGAAAGGAGGGAAACGUUGCUGACAUGGCAGAUUCAAAUGAAGUCAUCGAAGAUAAGGGAUUGAGCAAACACUCUCUUUCGUUUAGAGUCUUUGCCGUUAUUGUUGAGUCUAUUAAAUAAGCAACGGAUUGUGAGACUUGAGGAGAAGACAAAAAGGGUUAGGCCAUCAUUUCUCAUUUGCUUUCAUAAUACAAGUAUCGAUUUCGUGUUGAUUGAUUGUAAUCGAGUUUGUGUACAGAGAUCAGUAGUUCACACUAUCAAUUGGUGCGGUGAGCAAUCACGAUGGCGUUUGUAUCGUCUUCUGACGAUCGGCUGGAUCAUUUCGAGAGAUCGGUGGAUGAGCUAGAGAAGAAGGUUGAUGUGAUUUACAGUGGCUGGGAGAAGCUUAGGAAGGCUAACGAUGAGACGGAUGGACGGACCGGAGCGAUCGAAACACAUCUUGGAUCAGUCGAACAUCAUUUACAACGAAUCGCAGUCGCAAUAGAGAAGAUCAAAUCUCGCUCGAGUCCUACGAGACCACACGGGAAACACAUUUCUGGAUCUUCCAAUUUUCAACCUCAGGUACGCGAUUUCGCGAACAAUCCGGAAGAUCAGUCAUUCGGUUAUCGGAGAGUGCUAGCCGCGAAACUCUGUUAAGGAAGAUCGAACUUCCGGAGUUUGAUGGAUCAAUGCCUUAUUGCUGGAUCCGGAAGGUUGAGAGAUAUUUUCGUGCAGCAAACUAUAGCGAAGAGCAGAAGUUGAAGUUGGUUACUUUGAGCUUAAAUGGUUAAGUUUUAAACUGGUUCUUGUGGGAGUCAGAUGAGGAGUCAUUUCGGAGCUGGUUUCAGACAAAGGAUGCUGGAGCGCUUUGCAGAGUCAAUCGACGACGAAUCUCGUAACAAGCUUUGUGCGUUGAACAAACUGGAUCCGUGAGGCAGUAUGUCAAGGCAUUUGAAGAGCUGAUAACUCAAGUUAAAGGGAUUGAUGAGCCUAAUUUGAUCAGCAAGUUUUAUACUGGAUUGAAGCCUGAGAUGCAGCAAGUUAUCAAGUUGAAGGAGCCCAAGGGGUUGAGAAACCUCAUUGCAGUGGUUGUUAAGAUGGAAGCAAGUACUUUCUGUCAAGUCAUGAGUACUGGCCAUAAGCCAGAGGAGUACCAGAAGUUCAAACCUCAGAGGGGUAAUGGCAAUUCUUUUCCCCGUACGACGCAGCAUAAUGUUCAGCAUUCGGCUGAUGAGAAACUAAAGCAGGGAGACAAGAACAAACAAAGAAUGAAGAGACCAAGAUUGCAUUUGUCUCCGAGUGAGUUGGCUGAAUUGAAGGGGCUGAAGCUUUGUUUCCAAUGCAAGACCAAAUGGUUUCGAGGUCAUGUUUGUGCCAAUCUUGAGCUACAUAUACUUACGAUAAUGGAAGGUGUGGAGAUAGAAGUAUUACCUGAUUAUGACGAUGAAGAAGUUGCAGAACAUGAAGAUCAGUCUCCACAGUUGAUGGAGAUUUCCCUAAACGCCUACUUCGGUAUUGAGUCUCCAACAACCACUAAGCUGCGCGGUAAAAUUGGGAAAUAUACUGUGGUAGUUCUAUUGGAUAGUGGAGCAACACACAACUUUGUUAUUCCACAACUGGUUGCUAAAGUAGGGGUAGCCUUGAACAAGAACUCAAACCUACAAAUUAUUUUGGGGACAGGGGUGACAGUCAGUGGAGUUGGCAUUUGUACCGAUGGAAAGUUAGCGUUGCAACAUUUGGAUUUCACGUUGGACUUUAUAUCAUUGGAGUUAGGAAAGGUGGAUGUUGUGCUUGGAAUGCAGUGGCUUCGUACUCUAGGCGAGUGUGAAGUAAACUGGCUGAUGCAGGAAUGGAGUUUCAUUUAUAAUGGGAAGAGAGAGAUGUUAGUGGGUGAACUUGACUUACAUAGACCUACGACAUCCUUCUCAUUGAUCACACAUGAUGAUGGACAGUUGGCUGUACCAAGGGAGUCUUGGUUACAUUCUGUAGCAGCAACUCCUAAACCACUAAAAGUUUCAGCGUACGUAGAGAAGGUGCGUGAUGAGUUUGUGUUUGUUUUCUCACAACCUCAAGGAAUACCACCAGUGAGGGGUAGAGAGCACGCUAUUUUUCUCAAACCAGGAACCACUACUAUCAACGUCAGGCCUUAUAGGUACCCACAAGCUCAUAAAGACGCAAUGACUAAGAUGGUAACAGAGAUGUUGGCUAAAGGGUUGAUUCGAGCGAGUAGAAGUUCAUUCUCCAGUCCAGUUCUCUUGGUAAAGAAGCAAGACAAGUCAUGGCGUUUCUGUGUCGACUACCGCGCUUUAAACCAAUCAACAGUGUCUGACAAAUCCCUGUACCAAUGAUUGAUCAAUUGCUUGAUGAGUUGAAUGGUGCUGUGAUAUUCUCGAAGAUGGACUUGACAGCAGGGUUUCAUCAGAUUCGUAUGGAGGAAAGAGAUGUGCCUAAGACAGCUUUCAGACCACAUGAUGGCCAUUAUGAGUUCUUGGUGAUGCCUUUUGGCCUCACUAAUGCUUCAUCAACGUUUCAGUCCCUCAUGAACAAUCUGUUCCGACCUUUCUUGUGAAAAUUCGUGCUCGUCUUCUUUGAUGACGUUUUGAUAUAUAGCAGAAGCGAGCAAGAACAUAUCGAACACUUGCGGUUGGUUCUACAGGUUUUUGAGAAGCAUCAACUCUUUGCAAAUAAGAAGAAGUUUUUAUUUGCUCAGAGCCAAGUGGAGUACCUUGGCCAUAUGAUCUCUGCAUCUGGUGUCUCUACUGAUAAGUUGAAAAUAGAGGUGAUGCGGGAUUGGCCAACUCUGAAGAACGUUAAGCAACUUCGCGGUUUUCUUGGCCUCACAAGCUAGGCGGUUCGUUAAGGGUUACGGUACCUUGGCAUGGCCGUUAACAGAUUUACUGAAAACUGACAACUUUUGUUGGACUCCGGGAGCUCAGAGUUCGUUUGAUGAGUUGAAGAAGGCAAUGCUCUCUGCUCCGGUGCUAGCUCUUCCAGAUUUCACAAAAAUGUUUGUCAUUGAGUGUGAUGCUUCAGGGUUCGGAAUCGGCGCAGUGUUGAUGCAUGAUUCUCGCUUAUUGCUUACUUUAGCCGAGAGCAGCUUAAGCCAAUCUACGAAAGGGAGCUUAUGGCAGUGGUGUUAGCUACACGUAAAUGGAAACAUUAUCUUUUGGGGAGAAGGUUUUUUGUUCAUACUGACCAAAAGAGCCUCAAGUUCUUUCUGGAACAACGGGAUGUUAGUAUGGAGUACCAAAAGUGGCUGAUCAAGCUUUUGGGUUAUGAGUUUGAUAUAGUGUAUAAGCCGGGGAUUCAAAACAAGGCUGCAUAUGGAUUAUCACAUAUUGAGCACCAGACCCAAGAGGUUUAUACGGUUGACUCUGGUAACACUUCGGUUAUGGCUCUCACAGUACCUACUACUUUGCAGUUACAUGAUUUACUCAAAGAAAUAGCGGAUACCAUUGCUAUUCAUAAGCUAUCUCAACGAGUUAAGGAGGGUACAGAACAGAGGACUGGUUUUAAACUUCGUAAUGGGAAGUUGUGGUAUAAAGGCAAGCUGCUUAUCCCUUCAACGUCGAGUUUCAUUCCAACAAUACUACAUGAGUGUCAUGACGGUUUACAAGGUAUGCAUUCAGGGGAUUUGAAAACUCUUAAGCGGAUUCAGCAGUAGUUCUAUUGGGAGGGUAUGCUUAAGACGGUUCAGAAAUAUGUUUCAGACUGUCAUGUGUGCCAGACACACAAAUAUUCUACCUUGUGCCCUGCUGGAUUGCUGCAGCAACUUCCUAUUCCUUUAGCUGUUUAAGAGGAUCUCUCAAUGGAUUUUGUUGAAGGCUUGCCUACUUCUCAGGGUUACAACGUGAUCUUUGUCGUUGUUGAUAGACUGAGCAAGUAUUCCCACUUUAUUGGCCUCAAGCACCCAUUUCAGGCUAAGGAUGUCGCGCAAAAGUUCAUCUCUAACAUCGUUAAGCUGCAUGGAUUUCCCAAGUCUAUAGUCUCUGAUCGUGAUAAUGUUUUUCUAAGCACAUUCUGGAAAGAACUUUUCCGUUUGGCCGAGACACAUUUGAAGUUCAGUACAGCUUUUCAUCCUCAAACGGAUGGACAUAUGGAGGUCCUAAACAGAUGCAUAGAGACAUAUCUUCGCUGCUUUGCCUCUUCACACCCUCGGACCUGGUACAAGUUCUUGGAUUGGGCUGA